AUGCUGGACAUCACUCAUUCUCUGGCGGAGCUCUCGGCCAAGGAUGGCAGGCCCUUUGACGAGCGUCUGGAAAUGGCGCACACCCUGGUGCGGCAGCUGCUGGCCGUGGUGGUGCAGGCGGCGAGAGAUGUGCAGCCGGCAGGCAUGCCGCUGCACGUCGCAGCGCAUUACCUCCGCUCAGUGGUGGACUGGCUGAUCUCGUCCCUGCUGUCCAAGCCGCCGCAUCAGCAUCCAAGCAAAUCCGGCGCGCCCGGCACGCCCCCGGCCGCAACUGCGGCGCAACGGGGGCAGCAGCUGCCGAAGCCGCAGCCGCUGCAUCCCAGGGAGAACCCCCGCUGCUGGGAGCUGCUGGCGGCGGCCCUGGAGGCCGGCGCGCCGCUGCUGCAGGGCGCCAACAUAAGCGCCACCCUCUCGUCCGCCGCCGCCGCCGCGUGCGGCGCGGCCGCGGGCUGGGCGCACCGCGGCCGCGCGGCGGGGCUCGCGGCGGCGCUGCUGCGCGCGCUGGGCGUGCUGGGGCGGCGGUACGCGCUGAGCUAUCGCCCAACACUGGAGCAGCAGCUUGCGCUGCUGGCAGCGGCGCUGCAGGCCCUGCUGUCUGACGACUCCGCACCCACGAGCGCCCUUGCGGCGCCCGCGGACGCCGCGAACGCCGCGGCGGCCGCCCCCGCGGCGUGGGGUGGGCUGGCCGUGGCGUUGCUUGGCGGCCUCAAGGCGGCGGCGCAGUCGCACUCCAACCCACGGAAGGUGCUGUCAUCUGUCGUGGGCGGGGACCUCUUCCCUGCCGUACUCACCGUCGCCUUCACCCCGGCGACGGAAGGCGCCGCGGCUCCGGCCCGCGCCGCCCGCUGGCGCUACGGGCGUGCCGCAGAGGCGGCGCAGCGGGCGCUCGCGGCGGUGCUGUUCCACCUCAGCCAUGUAGCCGGCAUGGCGGCGGCCUGCCGUGAGGCAGCGGCCGCAGCGCAGGCGGCCGCAGCGCCCGAGGCGCCGGCCGCCGCUGCGGCCCCGGGCCCCGAGGCUGCUGCGGCAGGCGGGCGGGCCGCAAAGAAGGCGCGGGGCGGCGAGGGCGCCGCGGGUGCUUCAGGCGAGGGCGCGGCCCAACAGGGCUAUCAGGGGUCCCUCUUGCGCCGCCUGGCGGGCGUGCUGUCAGAGGGCCUCAACGCGGGCAGCAGCGGCGGCGGCGGCGGGAUCGGCAGCGAAGCGGCGGCGGCGGCGGCGGCGGCGGCGGCGCUGCUGUCGGGCCUGCCGACGUUGCUGGGUGAUUACUGCGCCGCCGUGAGGCGCCACAGGCGCCUGCUCGAGUCAGACGCUGACGCGGCAGCCGAGGCGGCAGGCAGGGGCGAGCGGCAGGAGCGGGCCAAGCAGGAGAGCGGCGCCGCCGGCGGGGGUGCGCAGCAGCUGAGGGGGGCCGAGAUGGACUUUGUCAUCGCCCUGCUGUCGCUGCUGCAGCCCUACGUUGACCGGCGGUCAAACAUGACACCAUCGCCCGCGCCGGCGGCGGCGGGCGGCACAGCAGCCGCCGGGGACGCCGCGGCCGCUGCCGGCCAGGAGGCAGUCCGUGGCGCGAAGAAGCGGCGGCGGCCCCCGCAGGACUCCGACCCUCCGCGCCCGCACGCGCCCCACGCCGGCGCCGGCGCCGGCGCCGCCAGCGCGUGGUGCGCUGCGGCCCGCGGCGCGGGGCGGCUGCUGGACGCUGCGCGCGCAACGGGCGCCUACGCGCCGACAGAGGACGUCGGCGGCCGGCAGAGGGCCGUCCUUGCCGCGCUGGCCGCCGCCGGCGCGGCGUCGUACUCGCAGCUUCGUGGCGCCGCCGCGGCGAGCGCGAGUGCGGGGUGCCGGGGCGGGGGCGGGGCGAGGGGCGAGGACGAUGUGGAGGGUGCUGCGGCGGCGCUGAUGUGCGCGCUGUUGGACAUUGAACACAGGGCGCUGCAAGCUCAUGCGGAGGCGCUCUAUGGCCUGGUCUGGGCGGCCGCCACGGCGCGCCGCGGCGGCGGCGGCGGCGGCGGGGCGCGCGCCGCGGCGCGGGUCGUGAUAGGGAUGAUCAGGGCAGCUGCCGAGCUGCGCCAGCUGGACUCGGCCCUUGGCCAGCUGCUGGAGGCGGCGGUCUGCCACUGUUUGGGGGCGACGGCCGCUGCGAGGCCGGCCGAGCAGCACGGCGAAAGCGGUGGCGGUGGCGGCGGCGCGGGCGGAGGGGACACGGAGGAGGGGGACGGCCGCGGCGGCGGCGGCGCUGCGCUGGUGCUGGCGCGCGGGGACGUGCUGGCGGCGGCGCAGGCGGCCGUCGGGGGCGCGCCGCCAGCUCUCCCCCGCCCCUACUCCCGCCGCCGCCGCGGCGCCCGCGCCCGGGUCGAGUUGCACGCGGCGUGCUGCUCCCUGAACCCUGAGGUCGCCCCGCUGCCUGGCCAGGGCGCCCUACCGUCGCCAGGGUGGGGGGACGACGGCGGCUACUUCGCAGCCUGCGCCGCGGCGCCGGCGCUGUCGGCAGCGCCAGGGGGCGGCGUGGAUGCGAGCGACGGCGGCCACGACGCGUCGCCGCCGCCAUCGCACCAGCAGCGGCAGCAGCAGCAGCAGCAGCAGCAGCAGCAGCAGCAGCAGCAGCAGCAGAUGCCUGGGAUACUGGAGGUUGCCGAGGCGGCGCUCGCUGACUGUGCGGGCGGGCUUACAGAUGCCGAGGCUUUGGCCGAUCAGACGCCGCGGCGGGCGCGGGACCAGCUCCGGCGCGGAGGCGCAGUCGCAGCGGAGGAGGGUCUAGCGCUCGCCACGCUAUGGUGCUGCAUGCAGCGGCUGCAGCUGCUGCGGGAGCGCUGGCUGCGCGCGCGGCACGCGGCGGCGGCGAUGAGCGUGUCUCAGGCGAAGCGGGCGAAGCGCCGGGCAGCGCUGGCCGGCGGGGGGUCGGCGGGCGCGGCCGCGGCGAGGGCGCGAUGGCAGGGAGGGGUCGAUGAUGAUGAUAUGGCAGAAGAACAGGAGGAGAACGAGGGGGAGGAGGAGGAGGAGGGGGAGGGGGACGAAGAAGAGGACGACGGAGAGGAGCAGGGGCGGCGUCAGGACGCGCGGCGCGGGGACGAGCGGCGGCGGCAGGGGGCGUUGCGGGCGAUGGAGUCUGAGAUGGCGCAGUUCUGCAGCGUGUUGCUGCGACCGCUGACAGGCGGGGCCGGCGGGCAGGGCAGCGUUGCGAGUGGCUCCAUAAUUGACAAGGCCGCAGGCGAGCAGGGCAGCGUUAGCGGCGGGGGGGGGGGCGGGGGCGGCGGUCAUGCUCUGGCUGCAGGCGCCAUGCACCUGCUUGCGCCGACAGUGCACGUCUGGGGCCCGCACUGCGCGCCCGCGGGCAUGCAGACGUGGCUGGCCGCGGCGGCCGCCGCGGCGGCCGGGAAUGGCGGCGGCGGCGGCGAUGGGGCGGGGUUGCAGGAGGCCGCGCGCCGGGUGUUGGCGGAUGAGUCGACGUUUGAGGUGGCGGCGAUCAGGGACGCGUGGGCGGCCGCGCUCGCGUCGCACGCGCUGCCGCUCGUGACCGCGCUGUCGGCCGGCGACGACGAGUACCCGGGGCCGCGCGGCGCGGCACGCAGCGGGCGGGGGACAGGCGCAGCAGCAGCAGCAGCAGCAGCAGCAGCAGCAGCAGCAGCAGCAGCAUGCCGGCCGACGACCGAGGGCGGCGGCCGAGCAGCGCACGAAGGCAGGCGCGGCGGCCCCUCGUGCUGA